AUGUCAGGGUGGAGCAACAAAAGUUCUAACGAAUCCUACACCAGCUUCCUCCUAGUGGGCUUCCCGGGGCUGCAGGAGUCCCGCGCCCUCCUGGUGCUGCCCUUCCUCAGCCUCUAUCUGGUGAUCAUCUCUGCCAACGCCCUGGUCAUCCACACAGUGGCCGCCCAGAGGAGUCUGCAUCAGCCCAUGUACGCACUCAUCGCCUUCCUCCUGACUGUCAACAUCUGUGCCGCCACCACAGUGGUACCUGCCAUGCUGUUCAGCUUCUCCACCCACUUCAACCGCAUCUCCCUGGCUCGCUGCCUGGUCCAGAUGUUCUGCAUCUACUUCCUCAUUGCCUUUGAUUGCAACAUUCUCCUGGUCAUGGCCCUGGACCGCUACGUGGCCAUCUGCUACCCACUCCACUACCCAGAGAUAGUGACAGCCCAAUUGCUGGCUGGCCUGGUGGGGGCGGCAGCUGCCUGGAGUAUUUGCAGUGUGGCUCCAGUGGUGUUUCUGGCCUCCCGGGUUUGGUUCUGCCACUCAGACGUGAUCCAUCACUUUGCCUGUGAGCACAUGGCUCUGAUGAAGCUCUCUUGUGGGGACAUCUCCUUGAACAGGACUGUGGGGCUCACUAUACGCAUCUUCAACAGAGUCUUGGACAUGCUCCUCCUUGGUACCUCCUACUCCCGCAUCAUCCAUGCUGCCUUCCGGAUUUCAUCAGCUGGAGCACGUUUCAAGGCCCUGAACACCUGUGGCUCCCACCUGCUGGUCAUCUUCACUGUGUACUUUUUCACUGUGACCUCAUCUAUUGUCUAUCGGGUGGCCCGUACUGCUUCUCAGGAUGUGCACAACCUCCUUAGCGCCUUAUACCUGCUUCUCCCAUGUCUGAUCAAUCCCAUCAUCUAUGGGGCCAGAACCAAGGAAAUCAGGCAACACCUGGUGAGGUUGUUCCAGACGACAGGUGUCUGA